CAAAGCUCUGGGAUGAGUGGGCGGACAAGACUUUCCUGGCGUUCACGCCUCGAACUGCCUCUCUUGAGUCAAAGUGAAGUCAGCGGUAAACCCUGAACUUUACUCAUCUUGAGCGGAGUAAGUGUACGAGUUCACGCAAUCUUAACAGCAAUCGUUAAUAUUUUGUAAUGUUGAGAAACAUUUGAUGGCAGUGGCACAAAACAAAAGACCGGCAGUGUGCAAGAAUGAAAAGAAGAUGUGCUAUCUUACACUGGUUAAGAUGCAAGUUUUACGUGUUUGUUGUUUCACUAUUUGUUGUGCUGAAGCUGGUGUACAUAAAGAUUUCAAUGGAUGACAGUAUCUACAUUGAACCCUAUGGAGCUACACAUAAAUCACUCAAACCUCAGCCUCUGAAUGGCAUUAACUGCACAGCCAUUUAUGAACAGGAACCAGUGGAAAUUGGCAAGUCACUGGAGAUAAGACGCAAAAACAUUGUCGAAGUUGAUGAUAGGAGUAUUGUCUCUUUCACUGCAGACUGCAAAAACUACAUCGAAAAAAGGGGCUACAAUGAGAUCUUUGUAACUGAUGAAGAAUGCAGCUUUCCAAUUGCAUACUCUUUGGUGGUGCACAAGAACAGUGCAAUGGUGGAAAGGAUUCUUCGAGCCAUUUACACACCUCAAAAUAUUUACUGCAUUCAUUAUGACCAAAAGUCCUCGAAACAUUUUAUUGCAGCAUUGAAGAACUUGGAGAAAUGUUUUCCAAAUGUCUUCAUAGCCUCUAAAAUCGAGUCUGUUCAGUAUGCACACAUUACAAGACUUAAUGCAGAUUUCAACUGCCUUUCAGACCUGCUGAGUUCAGAGAUCAAAUGGAAGUAUGUUAUCAAUUUGUGUGGUCAAGACUUCCCGCUUAAGUCCAAUUAUGAGCUGGUGACUGAGCUCAGGAAACUGAAUGGUGCAAACAUGCUCGAAUCAAGCAGGCCCAGCGAAAUAAAAAAGCAGCGAUUCGAGUUUCAGUAUGAAUUAAGAGAUGUAUCAUAUGAAUACCAUAAAAUGCCUGUUAAAACCUCAAAUGCUAAAGACCCACCACCGCAUGACAUCGAGAUGUUUGUUGGGAGUGCCUACUUUGUGUUGACACGUGAUUUUGUGACAUAUGUUAUGAACAAUCAACUGGCAAAGGAUUUUCUGCAGUGGUCAGCUGACACAUAUUCUCCUGAUGAGCACUUUUGGGCAACGAUGGCCAGAGUACCUGGAGUUCCUGGGGAGAUCCAAAGAUCUGAGCCUGAUGUUUCAGAUCUAAAGAGUAGGACACGUUUGGUUAAAUGGAAUUAUCUUGAAAAUCAUUUAUAUCCACAGUGCACUGGCAUACACAGACGUAGUGUCUGCAUCUAUGGUGCAGCCGAGCUCCGGUGGCUUCUGGAGGACGGCCACUGGUUUGCAAACAAGUUUGAUCCCAAAGUUGACCCUGUCAUUAUUAAAUGUCUUGAAGAGAAACUUGAGGAGAAACAGCUUCAACAAUGCUUUAAAAGAGUGUCUUAAAACGGGACCUUUUGUUUUGGACUGUAUUUUGGUUGAAAUAUGUAUGUUUGCUGCUGCACUUAUGUGUAUUCAAAGUACCAGCUGAUCAAAAGGUUAGCUGUAUCUCCAAGCUAUUCCUUUUAAAUUUUGAAAUGUUGCUGUCCACUACCAAUGCUAGGUCAGUAUGUUAAUGAGUUUGGAAGUGCCUUUCAGCUUCAGCUUUUUAAUCUGCCCAAAAUACGAAGUUAUGGGUGCUUGAGCUAUGAAAUAUUUAUGUAUUUUAUUUUAUUUAAACCAAUACUGUUAGAUUCAUGGAGAGGAAACCCUCUUUUUCAUUCUGUUUUUAUCGAAUCAGUCUAUGUGGGAACUUUCAUAGGGCUUCAGCUGUGAGAGUUGUAUUGAUAGUGUUUUUGUGUUAAAAUCAUUAUUACUGGCCUUCAAAGAUAAAAUUGAAGCUGAAAUGAUAUUCUGUGUAGUGCACUUACAGCAAGAUUUUCUACAGUCAUUUCAAAACAAUAUCUGUAUCAAUACCAGGGUUAUGCUGUGUCUUUUUAAGAGUAAUUAUAUAAUAUCUGACGGUCUCUACUGUACAUUCAAUAUUUACUGUUCAAAUAAAGCUGUCUAUCUAUUGUA